AUGUCUCAAACUAUCUUCUGUGUCCGUGAACCAGCUGGCGAACUUAGAGCCAGAUUCAGAUGCUUCAAGAAUGUCUGCGAAGCUCUCCUCCGAAGGACAAAAGGAUCUCUGUACACCAAGAACCCGCACCUGGAAUCCCUCAUCAAGCCUUUGGAAGAUGACUGGGCUGUAAUUUCCAACGAUGCAAGCGACCGACUUCUUACCGUUCGAGAUGAGCUAAGGUUGGCUUCUGUUGAUGUUUAUCUGGUCAGUGAAGUCAUCAAACUUGGUGAUUACUACAGAGAUCAAAAGUGCGUUUCUAAGCCAAUCGAGACGGCUGUUCAGAACCAGCUUCUCAGAAAACGAGCAUUGCUUGCAAAGCUCAGAGCGUCCGGAUACCGUCAGCACCAGACGACGGUUCAGCAACCGUAUCCUGUAUUCACAGAUGACAGUCCAGCGACUGUACCCCCAGCAAGCGCAAAGACUCCAUCCGAGGAGCACAACGAAGUCAGUGACCACUCGAACCCAUUCAACGAUCCCGAGAGCGGAGUGGAGGCAAGCGAAAUCGACCGGGACUUGGGAGGAUUCGACUUUCUCGCGAUUCGGCACCUGGUGUUGCUCUACAUCGAGCGGACAAUACAAAACGAGGAUAUCAACUCACCGCCACCAACACUCAACUCCCCUGGACGUAUUCGCUUGCUCGGGGCUUGCAAGAAAUUGAUAGAUGUUUUUACAGAGCAGCAGGAUGUCCUGAAAGCAAUGGUGGGGGAGAACGAAGUACCAGAAGAGCAAGGACCGAUGGAAGAGAAGACGAGUCUGGACGGUAUGGUAGACUCCAUGGAUCCAGAGAUAUCCGACCGAACCAUCGCAACUUUGGUAUUGCACUGGACCACAGUUAAUGACUUUAAUGGCUUCAAACGCAUGUAUGCGAGCGAGUUCGGUCCGCCGAAAGAGGAUCUAAAGCUGACUUUGACCAAGCAGAAGCACAGAAGAGCAAUCACGAAGACUAGAUCGCGAUGA